UGAAUGAGUAUAUUUUCUAUGUUUAUUUAGCUUUGAAGAUUAUUUUAGAAUCAAAUAAAAUGGUAGUAGUGCUUGUGACUUUAAGGCAAUCCUUAAAUUCAGGAGCAAAAUAAUAAGCACUCAAACUCCUUUAGUUACUUCUUAAAGAGCAAAUUCAAAACUUUCUCAAUUUGCCUUUUGUCUAAACUACAAUUCUCUACCCUAUGGAUUUUUCAUCUCCACCUUCAACUUCUCCCUAUGUGACAGCACCAACAAGUCCAACUUCUUACAUGGUGCAAUAUUACCAUAGCGCCCCGGCUAGCCCGGGUAAAAGGGUUGGUAGCACUAUAGCUGAGGGUGACGAUUGUGGGUUGACCACCCUGAAUGAUUUUGAAUUUGAAACAAGCAAAAAGUUUGAUACAAGUUGUGUGGAGUUUGAGACAUGUCAUGAGAACUUUGACCACUCUGAAGAUGAUCAAUCGUGGGACGAGAAACGAAGAGAGAGGGGUGGCUCACUCCCCGAGAUGGCAUUUGCGGAUGAACUUUUCUCUAACGGUCAUGUCAUGCCCCUUAAACUACCACCAAGGCUCCAAUGUGAACGUGACAUCAAAUUAUAUACUAGUCAACGAUCGAUUGCAUGCUUAACUAUCUCUCCAAGUGCUAUGGUUAAGUCCUCGUUUGCUCGACGAGGCAUCGAUCCUUUUGUUGUUGCCAUGCAAAAGGUGAUGAAGGAAGAUAAUAGGGGGAGGGAUAGCAAUCCAAAUCAUCACCAUAGGCGCACAAGGUCACAUUCACCAUUUAGAGCACAAAAUGUGGAAUGGACUAUUGAGGAGAUGAGAAAAGAAAUUGUUUCCAUGUCACCAAUUCAACCUUCAAGCCCAAAUACAAGAAAGCCCAUAGAGUCUAAGGCCAAGGGAGCAUCAUAUGGAAGAUGGGUUCUAAACCAUUCUAUGACUAUUGGGCCAACCUCAAAAGAAUCCAAGAACCCCAAGAACUUGCUUUUUGGAACAAAAGAGCCUAAGCUCAAACCCAGCAAGGCCACUUCAAAUGGUGUUGCCCAAAAAACUAAUGAAGGGAAUGUGUUUGUGCAAACCAAAAUGCAAAAAUUUAAAGGAAUGCUAGUGAGAUAUGCAACAUUUGGAAAAGUGAACAAUGAAGGAAAUAUGAUAAAUCCAAUUUCAGCACUAUGGAAGCCUAAUUACUUCAAGAAGUUGAGUUUCAAGUUCAAGGGGAAUAAAAAGGCAAAUGGAGGGGAGUCAAAGUUGGUGAUUGUGAAGUACAAACCAGCACUUUGUUUGGGUUAUGGACUUGAAAGUCCUAGGUAAAUGUAGUAAGCUUAAAGAAAGAGAUAAUCUAUCAAUAGUGUUUGUGGUUCUUUAUUUUAUUUUUUUCUGAAAUGUAAACAUGAAAAACUCCUUAAACAGUGUCAUCUU